CCGCUCUGCUCGCCGUCUGACGCGGAGCUCUUCACGGAGCCGCCUUGGAUUUUCUGUCACGGAUUUCAGGGAUUUAGCAGCCGUUCGGGAGUGGCAGGGACUGGCCGGAGGACUUGCUGGGGGUCUGUCCCCUAGGACAGCGCACCAUGCUGAGCCAGCGGUCCUCCUCAUGCCAGCCUCAAAAAGUCCCAGUGGAGAAGAGCGGGCACUUUCUGUGGUAGAAGACGCGCCACGUCAUGUUGCACUCGACAGCGAUGAUGAACAUGCAGAGUCUUGGCUAGAGCUUUGCAGGACGGAGUCGCGGUCGAGCAAUUCUAAAUGAGCCUCUGUCCACCAUCGGGUCUGUUUGAAGACGACUAAGGACUUAAUAGGAUGUCAACGGAGACAGAACUCCAGGCAGCUGUCAAAACCAGCACACGAAAGGAAUCCAGGAGGAAAGGUCAAGACCGAAGUGAAGCGGGCCUUAUAAGGCGCUUUAAAGAAGAUGGCAUCCGGUACAAAGCCAAACUCAUUGGCAUCGAGGAGGUGACAGCGGCACGAGGAGACAAGCUGUGCCAGGAUGCCAUGAUACAGCUCAAGGGAAUCGCUGCUGCUGCUCGCUCAAAAGGAGAACACAAGCAGAAAAUCUUUUUAACCGUCUCCUUUGGAGGAAUCAAGAUCUUUGAUGAAAAGACGGGGGUUCUUCAACAUCAGCACGCAGUUCAUGAAAUUUCAUAUAUUGCCAAGGACAUCACGGACCACAGAGCCUUCGGCUACGUGUGUGGGAAGGAGGGGAACCAUCGAUUUGUGGCCAUCAAGACGGCUCAGUCUGCUGAGCCAGUCAUCCUUGACCUACGGGACCUCUUCCAGCUCAUCUUUGAACUGAAACAACGAGAGGAGUUGGAAAAGAAAGCGCAGAAGGACAAGCAGUGUGAGCAGGCGGUAUACCAGACGAUUCUGGAGGAGGACGUGGAGGACCCCGUCUACCAGUACAUUGUAUUUGAGGCGGGACAUGAGCCGAUGCGUGAGCCUGAGACAGAAGAGAACAUUUAUCAGGUCCCGACCAGCCAGCAGAAGGAGGGCGUCUAUGAUGUUCCCAAAAGGCAACCAGUGAGUAACAUCAGCCAGCUAGAAAUCUUUGGGGACAUGUCAACUCCUCCAGAUAUCACGUCACCGUCGACUCCAGCUUCUCCAGCCAACUCCCUUGAACCAGGCACGUCCCACCAGCCCCCUAUGGAAAUGUUUGGGCCAUUCAGCCCUACCGCUGUACCCUCAGGUUACGUCACGAUGGGCGCUAUUCCGCCCGCCCUUUGGGGUCAGCCACCGUUCGGAGCCCAGCCUCCCUUGGCCUUCGGAGCCCAGUCUCCAGUUCCUCAGGUGAUUCCCGGGACCCAGCAGAUGAUUUGGGGCCAGGCCAACAUGUUCCCUGCUACCCAGCAACAAUGGGCCGCCAUGGCAGGAGCAUUUCCCACCGCUGCCUUUAUGCCAACUCAGGCUGUUGGCCCUUUGCCGGCUGCCAUGUUCCAGAGCAUAGCUGUGCCAAUUGCCACGGCACCCACCACCUCCUCGGAGGCAGCAGCCCCCAGCCCACAAGCAGGGCAGUCCAAGCAAAAAAUGGGCAAGGAUAUGUUUAAAGAUUUCCAGAUGGCAAAGCCUCCUCCAGUGCCAUCACGGAAGACAGAGCAGCCCAUCCUGGCGUGCACAUCCGAGGCGUUCUCCACCUACUUCAGCCGCGUGGGCGUGGCGCAGGAGGCCGAUGACUGUGACGACUUCGACAUCUCCCAGAUGAACCUGACACCGGUGACCUCGACGACGCCGUCCACCAACUCGCCUCCGACUCCGGCCCCCCGACAGAGCUCACCAUCCAAAUCGUCGGCCUCCCACGCUAGUGACCCUGCGACGGACGACUCGUUCGGAGAGGUGGAGGACAGUCCCCAGCGGAGUGGCGAGGAGGAAGCAGAGAACGAUCCUCUCUAUGCCCAGAUUAACAAGUGGAAGAAAUGUGUGGCCCUCAAGUCAACAGGGGAGUGUAAACAGACAGUCGGGCAGCAGCAGACGAACACUCGCCAGGCGGCCAUCAUGUGGAGUCGCAUUCUGCUCUUCUGCCUUUACUCUGCCCUCUGCUUCACCCAGACAACUGGCGCCAGCGAGAAUGGGACGACGGCCAAAAAGAGAUGGACACGUUCUGUGGCGGGCCCCCCAGAGCCCAUCGACUGCCUGCUGACCCCGUGGUCUCCCUGGAGCAUGUGUGAUUCAUGCCAGAAGAAGAGGUACCGGUUUGCGAAGCUGGAGCAGCCUUCCCAGUUUGGCGGUGAGCGGUGCUUGGAGCGUGGCCUGGACGAGGAGCCUUGUGCCCCCUCGGCCCCCUGCAGAGCCUCAGUCCGCUGCGAGGGCUUCGUCUGUGCCGUUACAGGCCGAUGCAUUCCCAGCAGGCUGCGCUGCAAUGGUGACAAUGACUGUGGUGACAAAUCAGAUGAGCAGAAGUGCAAGAGUGUCAACCCUGCAUGCAAGAGCAAGACGGAGGAGCACUGGGGCAUCGAGCGCCUUGCACGGGGGGUUGACGUGCUGGACAGCAGCCUGAAGGGGACCGUCCUCGAUAACCGGUACUACGCCGGUAGCUGCCUCCCGUACUUCAUCUACGACACCCGAUUCAGAAAGCCACACAACCUGCAAAGCUACACCCUCGAGACAAAGGGGACCUAUGAGUUCGACCUGAAGGAGUUUGAGUCGUACACCGAGAUCGAGAAGGACACGAUGCGCGCCCACAGCUCCCAGACGGAGUUCGCCAUUGGCUUCUCAAUUCCGGGAGUAUUCGAGUUCGGGUUCAACUACAACGAUGCGAGCCAGAAAAAAUUAAUUAAAAGGAUGCGCCACUACUCUGCCGGGGAAAACAAUUUUGUGCGGGCCAGCUCGAGACUGGAAGUGGCCCGCUACGUUCUGAAGCCCCGGGACCUGAUGCUGCACCCCGAGUUCUUUGCCAGGGUUAACCGCCUGCCGCUGGAGUUCACCUACGGCGAGUACAGGGAGCUCUUCCAGGACUACGGCACCCACUACAUCAUGGAGGCCACACUGGGUGGGCUCUAUGAAUUCACUGUGGCCCUCAAUCGCAGGGCGCUGGAGAAUUCGGGGUACACUCUGAGUGAUGCCAAGAGUUGUACUUCCGCAGGACUGAGACUCGGUGCCAACAUUAAAGGAGUUUACGUGUCGGGUGGCUUGAAUGCUGGCUUUUGUAACGGACUUCUCAAAGAGAUCGGGGAUGACACACAGAAGCGGUCCCUGGUGGAGGACUUCAUUGCCAACGUGAGAGGUGGCACCAGUGAGUUCAUCAGCCGCCUGGCAUACAACAAGCUCCCCACCGUGGAGGUCAUGCAGAAGUGGGGCGAGUCCGUCCAGUACAAUCCCGACAUCAUUGAGUUCAAGACGGAGCCCCUGUUCCAACUCAUCACUCCCACCAUCUUCAGGAACGCUGGCAUCAUCAAGCGCCACAUGCAGCAGGCACUUCAGGAGUACCUGGCCGAGUCGAGCGCUUGCCGUUGUGCCCCCUGCCUUAACAACGGGGUGGCCAUCCGGAAAGGCACAGGGUGUGAAUGUGUGUGCCCACUCGGCUUCAGCGGGCUCGCCUGUGAGAUCUCCCAGAAGACAGUUGCCACUGACGGGAACUGGAGCUGCUGGUCACCCUGGUCAACCUGCGCCAACCAAGUGAAGAGUAGAACGAGGUCGUGUGCCAAUCCGGCCCCCAAGAAUGGUGGUAGUCAGUGUUAUGGCAUUGGCACAGAAACAGCUACCUGCAGCUGAUUGGCUGGCUGUGAACCAAUAAAAAGUGCUUUCCCCCAAA